AAGAGGAAUUGUUGGUAAUGCUAACAUUUGUUCAGUCGGUUAGCCGCUAUCGUUGCGCUAAAGGCCCGAUCGUUUUUAAAGUGUUGAUUCAUCUUUGCUACGACCAUGGAGUCUAGCGGCGCAGGGCGAGGAGGAUCGUGGACGGCCAGACCAGGCCAGAUACAGAAAAAUAAGAUGAACAUGAAUAUUCUUCGUCAAGAAAAACUGAUCGCCCAAAAGAAGAAGGAGAUUGAAGCCAGAAUGGCAGAGCAGGCAAAACUAAAGGCACAGACCACCAGCAAGCCCGUGCCUUCUAGUUUGCCCAGUCCACAGGGAGAUUCUUCCAAUAAAUUUGUAAAUGACGGAAGCUUCUUACAGCAGUUCAUGAAGAUGCAGAAGUCUAAUAAUACCUCUGAUUCUUCCAGUGAUACAAUGGCUCCCUCAGUCUCAGCUUCAUCUCCAGGAGGAACCUCUCUGCAGAAAAAGAAUGUUUUUGUUGGCCAGCGGCCCACCCUUAAAGUUAACAAAAUGCUUAGUCAGUACAAGAGCCUUUCACAGUCCAAGAAGAAUCCUGUUCUCAGCCGGAGGCCAAGUGUGUUUUGUUCAACUGAUGAUGAAGAUGAAGAAGAGGAGCCUGAUUACUCCAAAUUCUUAGAGAUGAAAGUCUCUCCCCCAGAGGAUUCAGACACCAGACUCAUUAUCGACAAGAUGGCCUCUUUUGUAGCGGAAGGAGGACCUGAGCUGGAGAAGAAAGCCAAGGAGGACUACAAAGAUGAUCCUGUUUUCUCGUUUUUAUUUGACAAGAGCAGCAUGGAGUACCUCUACUACAAUAAAAAAGUUGCAGAAUUGAAGAAUGCUUUGGAGAGAGACGAGAAUAAAUCCAGUAAUGUCUCCCCCCCAGUGGAUGCGGAAACCCUGCAAAUCAUUGAAAAUCUGGCCAAGUUUGUGGCAGAAGGUGGCCCCGAGGUGGAAGAAAUUGCUGUUGAGCGCAACCAAGAAAACCCAGCCUUCAGCUUUUUAUAUGAUCAUCAAAGUCCAGCUUACCAGCUCUACAAAGAGAAACUGCAGGAGCACCUCGCUGCAACUUCACAGAACUUUUCACCGCCAGGAACAGACAUCAAGACAGAUGUUCAGCGACCAGGAGCCCCUCCGCUGCUCAACAGCUCGUCAGUGGUUCACAGUCAGGAAUCAGAAACGCCGCCAGUCAAACGGAAAAGAAAGAGUAGGUGGGGGUCUGAAGAUGACAAAGUGCAGUUGCCAAUUCCCCCGAUCGUUAUUCCUCCCGAGAUUAUUGUUCCAGAACCUAACACACCUGCCCUCACUGCUCAAGAGCUCAGUGGUCUUGGAUAUAAGAAGGGAAAACCUCUUGGGCUGGUUGGAGUGACUGAACUAUCUGAGGAUCAGAAAAAACAAAUCAAAGAGCAACAAGAGAUGCAAGAGAUGUAUGAGAUGAUUAUGACGCACAAGCGAGCCAUGGCAGAUAUGCAGAAGUUAUGGGAGAAAGCCAUUAGAGAUCACCAGCAUGAAUAUGACAGUGAUGAGGAAGUGGACGAGCGAGCUGGCACCUGGGAACAUCAGCUGAGAAAGAUGGAGAUGGAGAAGACGCGUGAGUGGGCUGAAUCUCUGACAGAGCUGGGCAAAGGGAAACAUUUUAUUGGUGACUUCCUUCCCCCUGAAGAACUGGACAAGUUCAUGGAGACGUUUAAGGCACUCAAAGAAGGUCGGGACCCUGACUACUCUGAGUACAAAGAGUUUAAGUUGACGGUGGAGAAUCUUGGUUUCCAAAUGCUAAUGAAAAUGGGCUGGAAGGAAGGGGAAGGCCUCGGCAGUGAAGGACAGGGAAUCAAAGACCCUGUCAACAAAGGAACGACACCUGUGAACGGGGCGGGGAUAGGAAUCGACCGUCCAGCUGAACUUUCAAAAGGUGACGAUGAGUACGAUGCUUUUAGAAAGAGGAUGAUGCUUGCUUACCGCUUCAGGCCAAACCCACUGAAUAAUCCACGGAGGCCGUAUUACUGAAAUAGAGGACCCUUUCUGUUUAUACUUCUUGUUGUUUAUCAUAACAUUUUUGCAUUUAUUGCUUAUUGGCUUGGUUAUGAAGUGGAUUGGCAAUGUUUUAGCUGUGGAGUUCUGUCAGAAUUAAUGUGGUUAAAAUUUGAAAGUAAAAUAAAUAUUAAGUGACAUUUUCUGUUUAUAACAAGAAAAAAAACACAUUUCU